GUUUCACAAAGCAGGUUUAGUGAAAACUCUGAGUUAGUUAACCCUGAGAUGAGGGAAACUCUGGUUUUUCAGUUUCACAAAGCCAGUUCAGCUUUACUCUGAGUCAGUUACCCUGGCAACAUACUCCGUGAACCUAACCUGCUCGCUGGCAGGUUUUCUUCAACUAACCCCGAGUUUCUCCUGCUCUUAAGUUGAAGCCUGCAGACUGAAGGCAGUGGCAGACAUGGCGUGUCCUUUUAUUGAAGAGCCAGUUGAUGUCGAGGCGCAGAUACUCCGCAGACAUCUCCACCGGGAGAGGAUUAUUAGACCCCGAUUGGAUGUUUUAUCAUUCCCUGAUGAGUAUCUGUUUGAGCGUUUCCGUUUCUCUGCAUCAUCUAUAAUUUAUAUAAACGAUAUUCUCAGCCCUCACAUCGCUCACAUGACGCAUCGUGGACAUGCUCUCAGUUCCGAGCAAAUUCUUUGUAUUGCACUUCGUUUUUUUGCCAACGGCAGUUUUUUGUAUAACGUCGGUGAUGCAGAGCAUGUGUCCAAGGCAACUGUCUGUCGGGCUGUCCGAAAUGUGACACUUGCACUGAAACGGCUACUAUGCACGUUUGUAGUGUUCCCAAGUCACAGACCCACCAGACUUCUCAAAGAAGAGUUCCACAGAAUUGCAGGGUUUCCAGGUGUGAUUGGCUGCAUAGAUGGCACUCACAUUCCUAUCAUCGCUCCUUCAAUAAAUGAAGGAGAUUAUGUGAAUAGGAAAUCUGUCCACAGCAUAAAUGUGCAGGUAGGCCUAAAUAGUAGCCUUUAA